UGCCUUUGCGCUGCCUAGGAGACGGGACGCGGGCCCUGGGCUGACAGGGCCCGGCUGGCCGCGCCCACCUCGGUCGCCAUGGAGCUGCCCCCAGGGCCGCGAGACGAUCCCCGCGCCUGGGAAGAUGACUCGGACCCGGAGUCCGAGCCCGACCCCGACGCGCAGGCCGAGGCUUACGUGGCCCGCGUGCUCAGUCCGCCGAAAGUCGGGGAGGGGCCCCCACGCGCCCCUUUGCUGUCCGCGCCCGUCGCAUCCCCUGGCGCCCUGGAGCCGCGGGCGGCGUCCAAGGGUGCGCCCGUGGGGGUCCCGGGACUGCUGAGCCUUCCUCCGGAGCUGCUGCUCGAGAUCUGCGCCUACCUAGACGCGCGCCUGGUGCUCCACGUCCUGCCACGCGUGUGCCACACGCUGCGCGACCUCGUGCGUGACCAGGUCACCUGGAGGCUACGCGCGCAGCGCCGCGUGCGCGCGCCCUACCCAGUGGUGGAAGAGGAGGACUUUGACUGGCCGACAGCCUGCAUCGAGCUGGAGCAGCACCUGUCACGCUGGGCGGAGGAUGGGCGCUGGGCUGAGUACUUCUGUUUGGCUGAUGGGCACUUUGCUUCCAUUGACUCGGUGCUGCUGCUCCAGGGCGGUGCGUUCUGUCUGUCGGGCUCCCGAGAUCGCAAUGUCAAUCUGUGGGACCUGCGGCAGCUGGGGGUGGAACCCAGCCAGGUUCUAGUCAAGGCCUUGGGCUCUGAGAAGAACAGCACCCACAAGGGCUGGGUGUGGUCGCUGGCAGCGCUGGACCACCGCGUGUGCUCUGGCUCCUGGGACAGCACGGUGAAGCUCUGGGACAUGGCAGCUGAUGGGCAGCAGUUCGGCGAGAUCAAGGGCAAGGCGGCUGUGCUGUGCUUGUCCUACCGGCCUGACAUCCUGGUGACUGGCACCUAUGACAAGAAGGUGACCGUCUACGACCCCAGAGUCGGCCCGGCCCUGCUGAAGAGCCGACGGCUGCACUCCAGUGCGGUGCUGGCGCUGCUGGCUGACGACCGGCACAUCAUCUCGGGCAGCGAGGACCACACGCUCGUGGUGUUCGACCGCAGGGCCAACAGCGUCCUGCAGCGGCUGCAGGUGGACCCUCCCCAGGGGACCCGCAGGGACCGGGCAUGGGGUGGUGGCUUGGCCGGGCCUGAGCUGCUCUGUCCCGCAUUCCUCCCACAGCUGGACUCCUACCUGCUCUGCAUGUCCUACCAGGAGCCCCAGCUCUGGGCUGGUGACAACCAGGGCCUGCUGCACGUCUUCGCCAACCACAAUGGCCGCUUCCAGCUCGUCCGGUCUUUUGACGUGGGCCACAGGUCUCAGAUCACAGGGAUCAAACACUCACUGGGGGCCUUGUACACCACAUCCACCGACAAGACCAUCCGGGUGCACGUGCCUACGGACCCGCCGAGGACCAUCUGCACCCGAAGCCACAACAACGUGCUGAAUGGGGUAAGGCCCUGCCCCCUGCGCCUUGCCCAGGUGCCCAGAGCGCCCCUGACUCCCUCUGCCCUGCAUCCCCAGAUCUGCGCAGAGGGCAACCUGGUGGUCGCCGCCUCUGGGGGCCUGUCACUGGAGGUCUGGAGGCUGCAGGCCUGAGCAGGAGGAUGCAGACGUGGAUCUGCCGGCCCACAGGCUGGGCUGUGGCCUCUGUUCUCAGGGGACCGUCCCCCCUGUGCUGGUGCUGCCCCUGCCCUGUCCCGAAGCCCUGAGGCACAAGGAGUCUGGGCCGUGGUGAGCUGUGCCCCAUGGGCCGUGGCCCACGCCAGGGGAGGUGAGCCUGGUGUUCAGGCCCACCCAGCGGACUGCUCUCCUCCCUGGGGCCCUGUUUUUGUUAGGAUUUGGAUACCUGCUUUCCUUCCAGAGCCAAGGAGAAAUAAACCUGAUGUAUUGGUGUCCCUCGA